GGUCGGUCACGUAAUGUCUUCGGCGAGCGCGACCGAACACGCUCACGACAAACUGCUUUCGGUAACUAAAGUGAACCACUCACACCACAAAAUAUUAUACGCAGAUCCAUUAACGGCGAAUUAAGUCAUCCGUUGUGCCGUAGUGAUUUGCAACGUUCGAAAAUCAAAAUUCCCGCGUUCGGAAAACGUUCCGUUGCAUAACAAUGCAGCGAAGGCCGCGUGGAAAAGUGUUUGGUGAAAAUUUCGCAUAGAUAUACGUUUCCACGCGACGGUCGGUCUCCGGCUACCGGCUACCGGUGACCGGCGCCGAGUUAGAUUUGGACCGAUUUCGUUUUAACGAGUCGCACGCGGUGGCCGUGUACGACCGAAACGCUUCGGGCAAAAAGUUCGCCGAAAAAAAGUUAACGUUUUCGCCUGACGACAGUAAUCUGAUAAUUGUCUCGCGAAAUUUCUUUUCGCGCCGGCGUAACUCUCAGGUGCGCCGGAGUCGCGAGGUUGGAGUUAAUCCGCCUCCCCUUCUAACUAAUUGUUCGUUUAAACAUUUUCGGCGUUUCAUUAUCGCGGUUUGUGGAUUUUGAUUUCGCGUUUCGCGUUGUCGACCCGCUCUCGAUCGUGCGGUUUAUCGCCGUGCGCUAUAAUAUAUUGUGGUGUAGUGACAGUGAGUGUACGUGUGAGAUUUUCAGCUCUCAGGGAAAUGAUAUUAAUAUCUGUUACCUUUCCUAUGUGAUGUUUACGAUACUAGUGCUGAGUUAGAGUUACACGAACCGCAGUGAUACGAUACAGUCAGUGAAGCAAGAAAGUGACACGGUGGUGACCGAGACGCGGUUUUGAAAAAUAUCCGCCUCUAAACGGUAUUUCGAAAGCGCAUCUCACUUCGCAGGCGACCUCCGCACACAAAUUGUGAGACGGCGCCCGCAAAACCUCGGAUCGCUUGCGGUUUUUAGUAACACGAGUCGCGUUACAAAUUCCAAGUGGUGCAAUACACAAUGCAUUAUCACACGCGUGCGCGACAUCUCACUCGGCGAAUCGAACGAAAUCUGUCCACUUGAAAACGGAAGCAAACUGAUCAAAGCUGCUGGAGAGUUCAUUAUGCGUAUUGAUAGAUCGUUUAAGCGAACUGUGUGUUGAAUCAGUCCCAGUUCGGGCGCCACUACUCGAUACGAUUAUAUCGCGGACGUGUGUAAGAGUGUGCGUGUGUUUGUAAGUGUGUGGUAUGCGCUCGUGUUAAGGCGUGACGGCGCCCGCGCGGCUGCCAUGGGCGCGGCGCGCCAUGUCUCAGCGCACGCGCCCUCUGCGGCUGCUGAUCGCUGCGCUCGCGCUGGCGUCGUGCGCCGCGGCCCCCGCGCCGGAGCCGCGCGCGCAGCGCUCCGCCAACCUGUCCCACAUUACGGGCACGUCCCGCACAAUACAGAUGUUCCUCAAGAACCGCUAUCUCCAGCUGAUGCCCGAUGGCACCGUCAACGGCACCACAGACGUCAACAGCGUUUACACGAUACUUCAGCGUGCGACGUACAAGGUCGGCCUCCUGACGAUCCAGGGGGUGUCGACCUGCCUCUACCUCUGCAUGGAUGCCUGCGGGUUCCACUACGCUAAUGAUCUCUCGGACGACUGCGUGUUCGAAGAGCAUAUAGAGGAGAAUAACUACAACACAUACUCUCGAAUCCGGGGCGGGAAGAAAACGUUCCUGGCCCUCGAUAACAGGGGAAGGGCGCGACGCACCCAGAUCCCGGUGAGCCGGCCGCUGGGCAACCUGUCCGGUUACGCGCUCACGCUCACCACGCGGUGGGACGGGUCGCGGCAGACUCAGUGCCCACCUCGCCGGCACCGCGGCAAGCUCAAGCGGCCGCCACCCUUCCACAGGAACUGCCAGCGACGCGUGCAGAAGCAGAACCUGAGGAAACGGAAGCACAAAAAGGCGAACGAUCCGAAGAAGAAGCAGCGACAUCCGAAGGCGCGCAGAAAACAUGAGAAUGGCACGACGACGACGACGGAGGUGAGCUGGGACGAGUCCACGAUGUCGACGAUGUCCACGACCGACGCAGAGUUUUUUCGGUCGGCGACCGCGCAGGAGGCGGUCGCACGCGCGUGAGCCUCCUCGCGCUCGGGGCUGCCGUGGCGCUCGCACACUAGCACCGUUCCACCCUUACUCGUGCAAGAAUCUCUAUCAUUCCCUUCGACUUCGACGCCAUUCGACACGCAAUGCCAAUUGUAAUUUAGCGUCGCUUUCGACUCGACCCGCUAUGACGCGAUUAGUACUUUAUCCUUCUUAUAAAUAAUGUACUUUAAAUACUCAAUCGUAGCAACGAACUAAACCAUUCGAUUCGACGAUUAACAAUAACGAAUGAUAUUAUUCUACCAAAGCUGAAAUUAUCUAUCUCAAUUUGUAUUCCUAGUUCGCUUUAAAACGUAGGUUUAUCGGCAAGAUUCCAAUUGUCUUAGUUAUCAUGAAAUUAUAAAGUUAGAUGUUAUCUAUAACUUAAUAAGAGAAAUGAUCGAAUUCACUUAAAACGAGAGGAGAUAAACGUUUGGUAAGGUGGAACCGUGUUAGAGGAGGGAUGGCGUUCCUGCUCGCGUCGGCUCGCGUCUCGCCCGAACAAAAUCUGAUCCAAGUCGAAAAGUUCCGCGCCACAAGCACGCCGCGCGAUCUAUUUCGAUCGUGUCAGUGUGUUUGUUAUUUGUAUAUCGACCGACUCGAUUUCCUCGCCGACCUUAAAAUUUUAUAUAAUUACGUCUAAUAGUUCCGUUAAUGGAUGCGACGCGGCCGUCGGGUGCCGUUAGCCGAGUGAAGACAUCUAUCGCGACCGAAAAUCUUAAGCAGCCGUAACUUUCCACGUUUCGAGAACGCUUCGUCGUUGUCUAUUCAAAUUGUUAUCAAUUUGUGAGAUCACUUUUUGUCGCUGAUGUGAAUGACAGUGCAACACUACUUCCAUUUUGAGAUAUCUCGAUUCGCAAAGAAAGUUCUCAUUUAAUCGAUUUGACACGAGCAGGAAUCGUAGUAAGCUUUUGUACUUAGAGGGGUGUGUUGGUGUAAUUUCAUAAGAAAUUGACUGAAAAAUAUGACUGAGUAAUGUAGGCACUGUCGGUUUUGGAGUAGGCUAUGAUAGGGUAAUGUGCGGCGGACGGCAUGCUUCUGUAUUAUUAGGUAACGACCCGAGGCGAGCGGGCUUGCGACUUCGAUCUUUCACUAGGAAAUUUUAAUAAUCCCGUAUCAACUGCAUCGAACUGGUUUCGGCUAGAUCGAACCAUUGACCAUGGGCAUAAAGUUGCGUGUCACGUGGGCCGCGAUACCGCGACGCCGCGACACCGCGACACCGCGACACCGCUCGCCUCGGCCGGACAAAAUUGAAUUAGUGAUAAUCAUUAAUGACGAUCAAGUGACUAUUAGUAGGUAGAUAUAAAAACGUGUAUCUAAUUUGUAAAUUAUUUAUUUUAUUUUCCAUAGAGAAAGUCGUAUUUUGUUAACGUUUUAGUUGAUUUUUUUUAAAUUUCUUGUCCCUAAGUUCUAUCCGAUGUAGAUGUGUAGGAUGUCAUACGCUUGUACUUUUAGUGAGCCUAUAAUGUGUAUUAUAUUUAAACCUCCCUUCGGUGACGACAUGUGCAGUCCGUGUGCCUGUGGAGGCGGAGGGUGCACAGGUGCUCUUCGAAUGGACUAUAAUUACGCGGUUACAUUCUCUUUAGUGAUUUCCCUCGCAAACUUGUUAUGUGCAUAUGUUUGUAUCUAUUGUGUAUUUAACUGAGUCAGCGGACUUUCAAUUCAAAAAAUGUAUAAACUAGAAGUUUCUAUAACUUUUUUAAUAUAAUUCACUGCCAAUCAUUUACAGGGUUACCAUAACAAUAUUUGUUGCUAAAUAUGUA